ACCUGAUACGUAUAUAAGCUGGCGCGAAACUUGCAAUUCAGUACAAGUGUCCAGUUUCUCUAUACUUUACUUUUUCAAUAAUAAUCGGCUGUAAAUAAUAAGAUGGCUUUCCAAAUAAUUUGUCUCUUCGUACUUUUGACCACCGGGUUAUCUCAGGGACAAUUCUUCCCUGAUUUUGAUCAAUUUAAUCCGAUGGGGGAAAAUUCCGAGAUACCAAAUUCAGAAACUGAAACAACCACUGCUGUUAAUGAAAACGAGAAUACUACAGAAGGUUCAGGAAAUGUCGACAAUCAACAGGAUGGAGAUAAUCCAGCAAAUAUGAUCACUAAAGCAAUCGAUGCAGCAAAAGAAACAAUUGAAGAAAAUAAUGACGCAAAAAAGGAUGUUGUACAAUCAUUGGCGGACGUCGGUAAAGCUCAUCUUGAUAACGCUAAGACUGUGGCUCAAUCAGGAAUAACAAUUGGUACUUCAUUACCGCGUUUUGGUGCCAAACUUAUGGGAUAAAAUAAUAAUAAACCUUUAAAAAAAGGAUCUAAUCUGGGUGGAUUUUCCUUUUUUAGAUAAUAAACAAAUAUAUUAUAUGUUUAUUUUAACUAUAUGAUGACUAAUGUACUUCUUAAAGUAAUAAAAUGAUAUUAAACAUGAUUAAAAAUAA